AUGGCAGAGGCUUUUGAUCUGGACUCCUACCGAUGCACCUCGCUACCGCCCAAGGUCUGGAAGGUAUGGCAUCUGAACUCACAGUUCGCCUGGGACCCAGAUUCCCGUGCCUUUAUGGCAGCGGACAAGACCUGCCAAAUCCGCAGCGAAUCGAGCAUGAGGAGGGCGAUCGACCCCAAGAAGCUGGACGCCACUGUCUACGUCUUCGACGCUGGAUUUUUGGUCGCCAAACUGGGCAUCAGCCACAGAUAUGCGGAGGACGGGCUGAUCAUCCUCCACGGCAUUCCCGGAGACGCAAUACACUACGAACCUGCUUUGGAUGUCCCGACAGAGUCAGGCACUACCCGCGCUGGGUACCCAAUACCGCUCCUCUCGCCUCCGGCUUCCAACACAGAAGUCUCUGAGGAGGAAGAAUCGGGAGAGGAAGAGGACGGCGGAAGUGAUGAUAACUAUUUAUUGAAGAUCACGUACCAACAAACCAGCUACGUGUUCAAGGCACGACUACUGACUAGCGCUUUGGGAAUCACCGCCGAGGCUGCGCCCGACGAAUAUCUCGUCUUGGGCUGCAUACCCAAUCGCGCCAUCGUGAGGGCGCGGACCCUCCGCAACAUCAAAGCCCAGGAACCCGGAGUGCAGAUUAUUACCAUCCUGUCGUCAUCCGCGGCAUUGGAGAAUGCUGGGGCAGCGACGACGAGGAUUCCGGACUGGUCGAGCUUCACCGGCUUAUCAGGGACGGGGUUGCAGGCUGGUGGCAGAGGGCCUGGUAGAGUCGAACCAGACCCCGAGCCUCAUCGGCAAGUGGGCAAUGCGAGAGAUGACGAGCCUGAUGGAAGUCCGCAGCAUGACCAGCUCAGAUCUUCUAGGCUCAUGCUGGAGUCACCUCUCCAAGGUGCGAAUGUGGAUUUAAUUAGCAGCUGUGUGAUUUGGCUCGAGUGGGCUGCAUUGAUCAAGGGAGGCGAGGUUCAAAUCCUAUGA